CGUUGAAAAUACUCAAACUCAAACGAUUAACCGAAUUCACUCCGUUAGAAACUCUCUCAUCGUCAAUGGUGAAUCAGAAGUAGACCGUUAUCCCCCAAAAAGCUUAACUGAAUCACCGCAUCUGCAUAUAUAUUCUCCACUUUCAACCGUCUGGUUGAUCUGAAGAUAUUUUGUUCUGCUGCAUUGGUUAUUGAACCAUAAACUGUUUGGUUUUGGAAUUGAGGAAUCUGAAGCUCUGUGGUUGCUCAUUUUCUCGAUCUGAUUUAGUUCUUAUCGUUAGGUGUUUAAUCUUGAUUUCAUGGUUUGAUGACAUGAGAAUACGAGAUUGUGCAAUUAGGUGUCAUGAUUGUAGAUAGCUUACAUGUGCCUGUGGAAAUCGACGCUUUCACGAGUGAUACUUCAGAGAGUUUUUAUGAUAUGAUACGUCAACCGUUGUAUGACGUGUAUUUUGGGAGUAUGAGGUGAAACGCUACAAGUUGUGGAAUUGGAUUGCGCGUUUGGAUAUGAGAAGGCACUUGAUCAGAAAACUUUGUUUGGUUUUUGGCCCUAGAUUUCCGAGGAUAUGGUUAAUCCUUUGUCCUGUUAGUGUUGUUGUGCUUAUUGUGUUGUCUAGUUCAUCUUCUACUUCAUUUGAUUCUGCCACGUUGACGGUGAAACCAGACAUUUACGCAAACUACCGGAGGCUAAAAGACCAAGCGGUAAGUGACUAUCUGGAUUUAACUAGUUUAUCGUUAGGAGUUACUAAACUGAAGGAGAUUAAGCUUUGCGGAAGGGAAAGAGAGCACUAUGUUCCUUGCUACAACGUAUCCGCAAAUCUGUUAACCGGGUUUAAAUACGGUGAGGAGUUUGAUCGCCAUUGUGAAGUUUCGAAAGGCGAACCUUAUUGUUUGGUUCGUCCUCCAAAAGACUAUAAAACGCCCCUGAGUUGGCCAGUCGGUAGAGAUGUAAUAUGGAAUGAGAAUGUAAAGAUAACCAAAGAUCAAUUCCUUUCUUCCGGAAGCAUGACGAAAAGGUUGAUGCUAAUGGAAGAGAACCAAAUUUCGUUCCGCUCAGAUGAUGGUGUCAAAGAUUACUCCCACCAAGUGGCGGAGAUGAUAGGAUUGCGGAAUGAUGUGGAAUUUUAUCAAGCUGGUGUGCGCACGGUUCUUGAUGUUGGUUGUGGGUUUGGUAGCUUUGGGGCUCAUUUGCUUUCACUGAAACUAAUGACUGUCUGCAUGGCUGCAUAUGAGUUAACCGGUAGUCAAGUUCAAAUAUCUCUUGAAAGAGGUCUUCCCGCCAUAAUCGGCAACUUUAAUUCGAGGCAGCUUCCAUUUCCAUACUUGUCAUACGACAUGGUUCACUGUGCAGAGUGCGGUAUUCUAUGGGAUGACAAAGAUGGAUUGUUACUUAUUGAGGCUGACCGGAUACUUAAGCCUGGAGGCUACUUUGUUUUACAUGGAAGUUCGUUAAGUACAAAGAAGGGAAGCAUGGCCAGCCCGAUCGAAGAAUUUGCCCGAAAAAUCUGUUGGACUUUCGUAGCUCAGCAAGAAGAAACUUUCAUCUGGCAAAAAACCGUUGAUCCGCAAUGCUACUUAUCUAGCAUUCAGGGUGUGAUUCCACCUUGUAGAGAAGAAAGAGAAGAUAUUCCAUCGUAUUAUCAGCCACUUGCAUCUUGUGUGGGCGGGACCACCAGCAAACGCUGGGCCCCCAUUCAAAAUCGGUCUUCCAGUUCCCAAAUCACCCCUGCUGCGCUUGAAAAUUAUGGAAUUCAACAGGAUGAAUUCUACGAAGACUUUGAAUCGUCGUUAACAGCUUUAAGAAAUUACUGGUCUUUGCUCACACCCUUGAUUUUUUCUGAUCACCCUAAACGGCCGGGUGAUGAAGAUCCGUUACCUCCGUAUAAUAUGAUAAGAAAUGUGAUGGACAUGAAUGCGCGUUAUGGUGGUUUGAAUGCUGCAUUUUUGGAAGAAGGAAAAGCUGUUUGGGUGAUGAAUGUUGUUCCUAUUAGGGCUCGUAAUACACUCCCAGUUAUAUUUGAUCAAGGUUUUGCUGGCGUUUUGCAUGAUUGGUGUGAACCAUUUCCCACGUAUCCACGAACAUAUGACAUGCUUCAUGCAAAUGGGCUUCUUUCAUACCUUAUUUCCGAACGAUGCAGCGUCACAAAUUUGCUUUUGGAGAUGGAUCGUAUCCUACGCCCUGAGGGAUGGGUUGUUCUUUCGGAUGACGUGGGGUCCAUAGAGAAGGCCCGUGCCGUUGCUACACAAAUUCGAUGGGAAGCAAGGGUCAUUGAUCUUGAAAAUGGUAGUGACCAGAGAAUACUUGUCUGCCAAAAGCCGUUUGUACGAAGAUGAAUCCUGCAACCAAACACGGUUUAAACCUUCCUCUGAUCAUUCGACGUUAAAACUCUGGCGCAAGUCAGGUGAGAGGCUCUACGCUUAAAUUUUGGCAUGACAUAUUCGUAGAUAAAAAGAAGCUUGAGAUUGAACCGAAACACUUGCAGGAUGUGUAGAUUGGAGAAAGUUUUGUUGUCUCAAAAUUUCUUGAGUGUUUUUUGUUUUGUUAAUUUUUUCCGUACCUUUAUGAAGUAGCAAUUCAUUCAUCCAAAUUUCUCUCUUUGUAUGUGUGUUCCUUGAUCAGUUUUGUUACCUGAAUUCCAUUUUGUAUGGAACAUCACUUGAGUGAA